AUGAAGGCAGGAAGUGCUGCCAAGUUGAUCGUCGACGCUCUUCUUCAGCGCUUCCUCCCUCUCGCACGACGUCGUAUUGAAACCGCUCAAGCUCAGGAUGGGCAAUACCUGCGACCAUCUGAUCCGGCCUACGAGCAAGUUCUCGAUUCUCUUGCUAUGGUUGCUCGCCACACUCCUGUUCCACUUCUUGAAGCUUUGUUGCGAUGGAGAGAGAGUGAAUCUCCCAAGGGUGCAAACGACGCAUCUACGUUCCAAAGAAAGCUUGCAGUGGAGUGCAUUUUUUGCUCAGCUUGCAUACGGUUUGUGGAGUGUUGUCCACAAGAAGGGCUUACGGAGAAGCUGUGGUCUGGACUGGAAAAUUUUGUUUUUGACUGGCUAAUAAACGCUGACAGGGUUGUUAGUCAAAUUGAAUAUCCCUCACUGGUGGAUCUGAGGGGGCUUCUUCUGGACUUAGUUGCUCAACUCCUGGGUGCUUUAUCUCGUAUCAGGUUUAGUUCUGUUACUGAGCGGUUUUUCAUGGAACUCAAUACCCGUCGAAUUGACACCAGUGGUGCUAGAAGUGAAACACUUAGCAUCAUUAAUGGAAUGCGCUACUUGAAGCUUGGGGUUAAAACUGAGGGUGGUCUGAAUGCAUCUGCUUCCUUUGUGGCAAAAGCAAAUCCUUUAAACCGUGCUCCUCAUAAACGGAAAAGCGAGCUUCACCACGCCCUAUGUAAUAUGUUGUCAAAUAUCCUAGCACCUCUUGCAGAUGGUGGGAAAAGCCAGUGGCCACCUUCUGGUGUAGAGCCUGCACUUACUUUAUGGUAUGAAGCUGUUGGCCGAAUAAGAGUUCAGCUCAUGCAUUGGAUGGAUAAACAGAGCAAACACAUCGCAGUUGGGUAUCCGUUGGUAACUCUUCUUCUUUGUCUUGGUGAUCCUCAAAUAUUCCACAACAACUUAAGUCCUCACAUGGAGCAGCUUUACAAACUUCUUAGGGAUAAGAAUCAUCGUUUCAUGGCUUUGGAUUGCCUUCAUCGAGUUUUAAGGUUUUACUUGAGUGUCCAUGCGGCAAAUCAGGCCCAAAAUCGUAUAUGGGAUUACCUAGACAGCAUAACAUUACAACUUUUAGCAGUUCUAAGAAAAGGAUUGCUUACUCAGGAUGUCCAACAUGAUAAACUUGUUGAAUUCUGUGUAACUAUAGCUGAACAUAACCUUGAUUUUACCAUGAACCAUAUGAUACUAGAAUUGCUAAAGCAAGAUAGCCCCAGUGAGGCAAAGGUUAUUGGUCUUCGUGCAUUGCUUGCCAUUGUAAUGUUGCCUUCAAGUCAGCAUUUUGGUUUGGAUAUAUUUAAAGGUCAUGAUAUUGGCCACUAUAUUCCAAAAGUGAAAGCUGCAAUUGAGUCAAUACUAAGGUCAUGUCAUAGAACCUAUAGUCAAGCACUUUUGACAUCGUCACGUACAACAAUAGAUGCUGUCACAAAGGAAAAGUCUCAAGGAUAUUUGUUCCGCUCUGUGCUAAAGUGCAUCCCAUAUCUAAUAGAAGAAGUUGGAAGAAAUGAUAAAAUUACUGAAAUAAUACCACAGCAUGGCAUAAGUAUUGACCCAGGUGUUCGCGAGGAAGCUGUUCAAGUAUUAAAUCGGAUUGUGAAAUACCUACCUCACCGUCGUUUUGCAGUAAUGAAGGGAAUGGCCAAUUUCAUAUUAAGACUUCCUGACGAAUUUCCUCUUCUCAUUCAAACAUCUUUAGGGCGCCUGUUGGAACUCAUGCGCUUUUGGAGAUCUUGUCUGAUAGAUGAUAGGAUGCAACUUGAUGCUGAUGCGAAACCUCUGGGUCUUGAAGCUGAGAGAUUCAGAAAGUUUUCCUUCAAACAAUCGGGUGAAGCAAUGGAAUUCCGUGCAUCAGAAAUUGAUGCAGUUGGCCUCAUAUUCCUUAGUUCUGUUGAUAGUCAAAUUCGGCAUACAGCAUUGGAAUUACUGCGUUGUGUUCGCGCAUUGAGGAAUGAUAUUAGGGACCUGAGGAUGCAUGAGCAACCAAAUCAUUCUUGGAAAUACGAAGCUGAACCAAUAUUUAUUAUUGAUGUUCUAGAAGAACACGGGGAUGAGAUUGUUCAGAACUGCUACUGGGACUCGGGGCGACCAUUUGAUUUGAAACGAGAACCUGAUACUAUUCCUCCUGAAGUGACACUCCAAUCUAUAAUUUUUGAGAGCCCUGAUAAGAACAGGUGGGCUCGGUGUCUUAGUGAGUUGGUCAAAUAUGCUGCCGAGCUUUGUCCAAGUUCUGUUCAGGAAGCAAAGGUAGAGGUUACGCAACGUCUUGCUCAUAUCACGCCGAUUGAAUUGGGUGGAAAAGCCCAUCAGUCACAGGAUGUUGAUAAUAAACUAGAUCAGUGGCUUAUGUAUGCCAUGUUUGUCUGUUCAUGUCCACCGGUUGCUCGAGAGUCUAGUGGAACUGCAACAACCAAAGAUCUUUACCAUCUUAUUUUUCCGUCACUAAAAUCUGGAUCUGAUACACAUGUUCAUGCAGCCACGAUGGCUCUUGGCCGUUCACACUUGGAUGCUUGUGAAAUCAUGUUUGGCGAGCUGGCUUCUUUUAUUGAUGAGGUUUCUUCUGAGACAGAAGGAAAACCAAAGUGGAAGAGUCAAAAGGCUCGCAGGGAAGAACUCCGCGUCCCUAUUGCAAAUAUUUAUCGCACUGUUGCCGAAAAUAUAUGGCCUGGCAUGCUCGCACGCAAGCCAGUUUUCCGCCUUCAUUAUCUUAAAUUUAUUGAUGAGACGAACAGACUUUUAACAACAUCUCCUGAAAGCUUUCCAGACAUGCAACCAUUCCGUUAUGCACAUGCUUGUGUUAUUAGAUCUUUGGCCCCUGAAUUUGUUGAUUCAAAAUCUGAGAAAUUCGACGUUAGAACUAGAAAGCGCCUAUUUGAGUUGCUUCUAUCCUGGUGUGAUGACACUGGCAGUACAUGGACUCAAGAUGGUGUCAGCGAUUAUAAACGUGAAGUUGAUCGUUAUAAAUCUUCUCAACAUGCACGGUCAAAAGAUUCUGUGGAUAAAAUAUCAUUUGACAAAGAAUUAAAUGAACAGGUUGAGGCAAUCCAGUGGGCAUCCAUGAAUGCAAUAGCAUCACUUUUAUAUGGACCAUGUUUUGAUGACAAUGCAAGAAAAAUGAGUGGCCGUGUGAUAUCAUGGAUUAAUGCUUUGUUUUUGGAGCCUACACCGAGGGCUCCAUUUGGUUUCUCACCAGCUGAUCCAAGAACUCCAUCAUAUACCAAAUAUCAAGGGGAAGGCGGCCGGGGAACUGGUCGAGAUAGGGUUAGGGGUGGCCAUCACCGUCUUUCUCUAGCAAAAUUGGCCUUGAAAAAUCUUUUGCUUACAAAUUUGGACCUAUUUCCCGCCUGUAUUGAUCAGUGCUACUACUCUAAUUCGUCUGUAGCCGAUGGGUAUUUCAGUGUACUGGCAGAGGUCUACAUGCGACAAGAGAUACCAAACUGUGAAAUACAGAGACUAUUGAGUUUGAUCCUUUAUAAAGUAGUGGACCCAUCCAGACAAAUUCGUGAUGAUGCCCUUCAGAUGCUUGAGACACUUUCUGUUCGGGAAUGGGCUGAGGAUGGCAUUGAGGGUUCAGGUGGUUAUCGAGCUGCUGUUGUUGGCAACCUUCCUGAUUCCUAUCAACAGUUCCAGUACAAGCUUUCCUGUAAACUUGCCAAAGAUCAUCCUGAACUAAGCCAGCUUCUUUGUGAGGAAAUUAUGCAAAGGCAAUUGGAUGCUGUUGAUAUCAUUGCUCAGCAUCAGGUCUUAACAUGCAUGGCUCCAUGGAUUGAGAACCUUAAUUUCUGGAAACUCAAAGAAGGAUGGAGUGAUAGGUUAUUGAAAAGUCUUUACUAUGUAACAUGGCGACAUGGAGACCAGUUUCCUGAUGAAAUUGAGAAACUUUGGAGCACAAUUGCUAGCAAAAAUAGGAAUAUCAGUCCCGUUUUAGAUUUCCUGAUCACAAAAGGAAUUGAAGAUUGCGAUUCAAGUGCAACAACAACUGAAAUAAGUGGUGCGUUUGCUACAUACUUCAGUGUUGCAAAGCGGGUAAGUCUAUAUUUAGCACGAAUAUGCCCUCAACGAACAAUAGAUCACCUGGUUUUCCAGUUGUCUCAGCGACUACUUGAGGAUAGCAUUGAGCCAGUUGGGCUAGGUGCAAGUAAGGGUGAUGCCAGUGCAAAUUUUGUCUUAGAAUUCUCACAAGGUCCUGCUAUGGCCCAAAUGGCAUCAGUUAUGGAUAACCAACCACACAUGUCUCCAUUGCUUGUAAGAGGAUCUCUUGAGGGUCCGCUAAGAAAUGUUAGUGGGAGCUUGAGCUGGAGAACAGCAGGUAUGACUGGACGAAGUGUCUCAGGUCCAUUAAGUCCAAUGCCUCCAGAGUUAAAUGUUGUUCCAGCAAGUACUGCACGAUCAGGGCAGCUCAUUCCAUCUUUAGUUAACAUGUCAGGACCCUUGAUGGGUGUUAGAAGCUCAACAGGGAGUUUGCGGAGCCGCCAUGUUUCACGGGACAGUGGAGACUAUUUUGUUGAUACUCCAAACUCUGGUGAAGAUGGACUGCUUGUGGGGGGUGCUGCGCAUGGCGUGAGUGCAAAGGAACUUCAGUCAGCCUUACAAGGUCAUCAGCAGCAUUCACUUACGCAUGCAGAUAUAGCGCUGAUUCUCCUUGCUGAAAUUGCGCCGCCACUUGGAGCAGUACGAGGUGGAAAAUAA